AUGUCCGCAGACACUGCUCCCCCCAACGGUAACAACAACGGCGAAAUGUAUACACGCAACAGACGAGGAUCAAUCACCCAGGCCGCUCUGACCAAUCUCUUCCAGAGGGGAAAUUCGAUUUCCAAUGGCAACGGUUUUCCUGGUCAGUCUUCUGGCCCCGUCGAUACUGGCCGUCGACGCCUUUCUGUGACCACUCUUGGUCUCUCUGGUACUUCACCCACAAACACAUCUUCUUUCGUUCGUCGAGGAAGCAUGUCGACCAACUCGAACAACUCUGACUCCAUUGAUGAGAGCGCUAUCGAAGAUGACGACAUGUACUCCAAGACUGCGCCUACUACACCAUUUGUCCGGCGGAUGAGCUUCGGUCCUGCCAACAUGCGUAACAUACGUCCUAAUGGCAGCCCUGGAAAUGGUAAUAGCCCAUCCUCUCCUCCCGCUUCUCAUAAUGGGCGCACUGUCCCAGCUGGGCGGAAACCCUCUCUCGUAGGCUCCCCUAGUCAAGGGACAAGCCUUGCGGCAGCUUUGUCUGCUGGACGUCGCCCAAGCCUCGCUUCUUCUGUUCCACAGGCAAGCAACACCAAACAUACAAGAGCCCCAUCUGACAAUUAUGUUUUGCGCCCAGACCAGCAAGGUUUCAACUGGUCCGAGCAGCUUAGGUCUCGUGCCGAGAGUUCUGUCAUAGGUGCUCCUCGCGCUUCCUUCUCGCUCGCCUCCUCCUCUCCGCCACGAGGCUCCAUCCACGAUCGGGCAAAGUCCGUUUCGGAGAUGCCUCAGCCUCCAGCUCAAGCUUCUUCCGUCAAGCAGCAGCCCAGGCAGCCUGAGCGGCCCAAGCCUGAUGCUUUCCAGGAGAGAAUUCUGAAGGCCAAUUUCCCUUGA